AUGGACCCGGAUUAUAAUGCAAAAUUUGCUAUUCAUGAGGCAGCUCGUGAGGGAAAGAACCUGGUAGUUGAAUCUCUACUCAACGCAAACCCCAAACUUGCAUACCUAAAGGACGGAGAUGAGAGAUUGCCUAUCCACUGGGCUGUUGCAUAUAACAGACCACCCAUAAUCGAGCUCCUCAUAUCAAUGAAAGGCUUUGAUCCUGAUGUUACUAAUAAGGAUGCAUCGGGAUGGACGCCACUUAUGAUUGCAGCAAGUUUGAAAGACGGAGAAGGUGACGCCAUAGUCGACCAAUUACUUCGUAAAGAUGCGGAUGUCAAUAUGAAGACCUCAAGUGGCCAGAACGCCAUCCAUUUUGCUACUUCGAAAAAUAACAUAUCCACUGUUCGCAAAUUGCUUGAAAAUAAAUGCAGCGCAAGGGCGAAAGACAAACGAGGCCAACUGCCACUUCACCGUGCGGCCGCUAUUGGAUCAGUCCCAUUGGUCAAACUCCUCAUCGAAGAAGGGAAGAGCCCAUUGAAUGCUACGGAUGUCGACGGCCUGACUGCUCUUCAUCAUGCAAUUUCAGAAGGGUACGGAGAAGCAGCUUUGACCCUUCUAAGGGCUGGGGCCGAGGCUGAUAAACGAGACUCCAACGGUCAGCUUGCUAUCGAACUUUCUCCAGAUUCUAAGGUUCGGAAGUAUAUCCUUGAAACUGCGGAAAGAGAAGGCAUCGAAUUGCCGUGA